UUGUCCUCAUAUCCAUGCUCAUAUCUAGCUUAUGAGCAAAUAUGUAAUGCCUUCUUGGAAAUCGCGGAAAAAUGCGAUGUUAAUCUAAAAAAUAUAGUUGGUAGUAUAAAUAUCUGUUUAUUUUGAACAAUGAAGGAUCCAUUUCAACUGUCUGAUAUUUUCCAAGACGUUUUGAUGCGUGCGCAAGGCUACACAAAAAAUGAAUUUACCGAUACCAUCAUCAGUUGGAAAUAACGGUAUCGCAUUGCUUUAUCGCGUUGGUAUUAUGUAGCUUUAUACUGCACAAUCUAUGCGUUUUUCAGUCCUUUACGCUUUUUGGCUGAACUGACAGUCUGGUAUUUUGAUAGUCUGCUGAACACCAACAAAGAAAUGCAUCCAUAAGAAUUGAAUUGGUGCCCUGGCUCGCUUGUUAUCACGAGGUGACCUCGCGGAGCCGUCGCCCGGAGGGAUCGGCGCGGGGGGCGGGUGGAGAGGCGUGACCGGAUGCCCGUAGCCGAGCGGCGGCCGCGGCCUCGACCAUGACCCGGCUGAUGUUGGGCCGGACCCUGGAGCGGAUCUGCAAGGGCGUGCUGCUCCUGUGCCUGGUGCACUUCCUCAUCAUGAUGAUCCUCUACUUCGACGUCUACAGCCAGCGCUUCGACAUCUUCAGCCGCUUCAACAACGGCCGCGGCGCCAACGCCUCGCGGGCCAACGGCGGCAACGGCGCCCACCACUACUUCUACUACAACUCCUCCCGACCCAACGCCACCUUCGCCAGCUUCCUGGCCACCGCCGACCAGCUGCUGCCCAGCGGCAGGUCGGAGGCCAACCACACGCCGCCCACGCCCAAGCCCAUCCCGCCGUGCCCGGAGGUGCCCCCUGGCCUAGUGGGUCGCCUACUCAUCGAGUUCAGCUCCAUGAUGACGUUUGAGCGCGUGCAGAGGGAGAACCCCAACGUGACGGAGGGGGGCAAGUACACGCCGCCGGACUGCCGGGCCAAGCAGAGGGUGGCCAUCAUCAUCCCCUUCCGCCACCGCGAGCACCACCUCAAGUACUGGCUCCACUACCUGCACCCCAUCCUGCGCCGGCAGAAGAUCGACUACGGCAUCUACAUCAUCAACCAGUUGGGGGAGGACACUUUUAACCGGGCCAAGCUGCUAAACGUGGGCUACACUGAAGCCCUGAAGGACGGCGAGUAUGACUGCUUCAUCUUCAGCGACGUGGACCUCAUCCCCAUGGAUGACCGCAACAUCUACCACUGCUACGACCAGCCGCGGCACUUUGCCAUUGCCAUGGACAAGUUCGGCUUCAGGCUGCCUUAUGCGGGCUAUUUUGGCGGAGUCUCGGGCCUCAGCAAAAAGCAGUUCCUCAAAAUUAACGGCUUCCCCAACGAGUACUGGGGGUGGGGAGGCGAAGACGAUGACAUCUACAACCGGAUCACGCUGAACGGGAUGAAGGUGUCCCGGCCGGACGUGAAGAUCGGCCGCUACCGGAUGAUCAAGCACGAGAGAGACAAGCACAAUGAGCCCAACCCCCAGAGGUUCAACAAAAUCCAGAACACCAAGAACACGAUGCGGAAGGACGGCAUCAGCUCGCUGCUGUACCGCGUGGUGUCCGUCAAGAGGUACCCGCUCUACACCAACAUCUCUGUGGAGAUCGGCAAGCCCCCGCCCAGACCCCUCAGGGGAUAGGAGCUCAGGAGGAGAGGACCGCACCUGCCACUUACCUUCACACGCAUAAAACACACACACACACACACACACACACACACACACACACCUUUGGAGGCAUCGGGACUCUCCGGUUCUUGCAUCAGAGAGAAAGGAAAGAGGGUUCACGUCCACUUUAAUGACCUUCUCAGACAUCCAAAACAAAGGGAAGCCAUGGACCUGGACAUCAAGUGGCUUACCUCUCAGGAAAUCACCAAGCUUUCCACCUGGGGAGAGGGUACACACACACACACACACACACACACACACACACACACAUACACACACACGAUUGUACUUGAGCACACACUACAAGCACACACACACACACACACACACACACACACACACACACACACACGUUCUCUGUCGAGACACUGGAGGGGGGCAUGCUGGACAGAAAGGCCUCCCACUAAUGCACUAAUGCAGUAUCUCCAUGCAGUAGUCCCGCUGGAGGGCCAGGGCUACCCGCCCGGACACUGGUCAACUGGACUCUGGAGAGUCCUUUUGAAGGGAUCCGCCCAGACACUGGUCAACUGGACUCUGGAGAGUCCUUUUGAAGGGAUCCCAGCAGUGACAUAUCUCAUGCACAGAACAGGACCAUCUGCUGGCGCUCUUGAUGAGUGGGAGCUGGACACAGAACCCAAUCAAAGGCUAGAGGAACAGCCGGCUCCUCUCAUGUAAAUCUGUGUUGAACAUAUUGUAUAUUGCAGAAUGAAUGUGUCUUGUAGCUGCAGUGAUUGCAGUGUUCUGUUUUUUCCUUGCUUUCUCUCUCUCUUUCUCUUUCUCUCUCGUUCUUCAUUUCUUUCUCUCUUCCUCCCUUUCUCUUCGUAUAUCUGAGGACUAAGACGAGCUUGACCGAAAGGGGAUUCAUGGAACAAGAUAAGCUCUGGGCCGAUUUUCGUCUCUUUCUUUUGCUCUUUUUUUGUCAUUUCUUUCUCUCAUGCUGUCUAUCUUUUCAUGGAGAAAGCAUUUUGUCUACCAUGGAAACAAGUGAAUCUCUGAAGACAUUUUGUAAAUGGGCAGAGAUCGAUCAGAGGUCCGAUUUUUCUGGAAGUCUGGUAGAGAUCCCAGGUGAUUGAAGACCUACUGGAAGGACUACAUGCAGACUGUCCUCUGUCCUCUAUGGUUCAUGGUGAAUUUCACAGGAACAGUUCUGUACACAAAAAAAUAGCAUAUCUGUGCAGAGAAGACAAUUUUUCUAUUGGUCCUUUCUUUGUAGUGUUCACCCCACAUACUCAAUGCUUUCACAAAUCUGGAUUUGAAGUCGAUUUUUGAUUGUUUUGUUUGUGUGUUGGUUUGUUGUUCGGAUGUUAUUCUUCUUUUUUCUCGAAAGCUGAACUGCAAGGCUUUUUGAAAUCUGGUGAACCAAGUGCAAAACGUCAGCAGACUCUCUCGUGCAUUUGGGCCUGAGCUGUGUCAAACCAGUUCGCCAACCUGCAACAUUGAUUUGCUCUUCACCUGUAUGAGAGGUUUUGCUGGUCGCCCCCUGCUGGGUAUCUCCAGAAUGGCUUGUUUUUUGAGGGUGAUUUUUGUGGUUAUAUUAAUAGAAUUGAUCAUGAUAUCGUGGCCUGAAUUAGCUUUGCAGUGGUCUUCAGCAGUGGUGUUGAUAUUUCAGAUCACUUAGUGUGUAUGGUUGUACGCCAACAAUGGGAAGUAGCAAUAUCUCACAAACUCCCCUUAUUGUUUACAGAAGCCUCUCGGUUUGAAAUACGCUUAUUCUUUUGUUCAUUCUUUUGUUUUGUACUGCCUGAAUCACCAAACCGAUGCCUUCGAGUUGUUUUUGUUAUGAGGGCCAAAACAAGAUUGAGAGUAUUUUGGUUUUGUUGAGGUCUCUGUUGUGUGAAGUGAUGUGGAUAUCUCUUUUGUACUUGCUACAGUUCUCUCACAUUCGCAUGAAAGAGAACUUUAUCAGUGAUCUCAAUCUCUCUCUCUCUCUCUCUCUGUUUAUUCAGAUGAGCAUCGAGGCUCUGUGCAAUUGCCUUUAUUUUCUUUCUUUCUGCUCAUUUGUUUUGUUUUGUUUUGUUUUGAUCCUGUUUUGCCUUCUCCUUCAUCCUCCUCACCACUCUCCCCAUUGAGCUACAGUAUGUAUGUAUGUUUUUUUUUUCCGUUUGUUUGUUUUUUUUGUUUGUUGCUGAACUGAGCUAAAGAUUCAGCUGCUCCGGAUGAGAGGCACAGAUUCACUUCAGGACGUUCUGAGGACCCUUCAGCUCCAUCUCGGCUGUCCAGCUGCUGCCUGUUUGUUUAUUUGAGUGUGCUACUGCUGUGGCUGGGAAACAAAGAUGUUCUGCUCCUCACGCUGGAUCAUUGCUUUUGUUUUACUUGAGGCCAAAAAAGUGUAUAAAUCCAGUUCACUAAAGGCCUUAACUAAGUUCCUUUGCUGAACGUUAUUACCCUUGUGGGUAUAUAGUGAUUUAACAAGUCUUUCAAAUAUUUGAAAAAGUAGCAUUGUUGCAUUCUUGACAUUGAUAUUGAUAGGAAUUGACAAAUGCCAUUGAAACUCAUUUCAAGUUUUCAAACUGGUAUAAGCCUGCUUAAAAAACUACAACAACAACAAAAGAACACAUUUUCUGUAAAAAAAAAAAAGAAAAAAAGUAAAGAAAAAGUACAAGAAUCUUAUGGUGCGGCUUGUCUGCUUUUCAUGUGCAGCUGAAUAUGUGCUGGUCCUCUGGGAUACAUAUCAGUGUUGAAGGUGAUCUCAAUUCUAUAAUGUUGGUUUGCUAUGCUUACAGUUACCACGUGCUGUCAUUUGAAGAAGUUUUAACAUCUUACCAUGUUAAGCUUAUUUGUAUAGGUGGCCUUGCAUAUGCUUAUCAAUUCAUGCCACAUACCGUACCUAAACACUCUAGGCUUAUCAGAGACCAGUCAAGGAUUUUGCAAACGGUUCACAUAUCAAGCACUAAUACGCAGCUGUAGUAUGUCAAAAGGUCUAUGGGAUGGGCAAAGCGUUACUGCUCGUACAAAUUGGUCAGCUAGAGCUGUAUAUAGAGUUCCUAUUAGCUCGGUGUUGGUCCUGGUCUCUCUAAUGAGAAACCAGCCUCAUAUGAUGGCGUGUGUGUGUGUGUGUGUGUGUGUGUGUGUGUGUGUGUGUGUGCGCUCUAUCUCUGUUCAGUUUGGAUGGUGGAGGUUCAUUGUCACUGUAGUAAGGCAUGGGUUUGCCUCUCGGUCUGGUCCGUUGCACAUGCCACAGGUUAACACAUACAGGCUGCACUGAAACGGGGUGGGUCACAUUGGCCUCUCUCCUCGGCGCGUCUCCCCCAUCACCUUAGGGCCUAUAAACCAUCACUGCUCCUCUUGACUGCACACGGAGCCACAGCCCAGCUCAGUGUCAUCUCACAGCCCGGAGCCCAGUCCGGUCACAAGGGGGGGACGCCAGGCCGUCGGCUUUCCAGUUUACCGCUUUCUGCUUUUUAUGUAGCCUCGGGUCGGCAAGCCCACAGAUGGACAUGUUGUCCCUGACAUCAUUGUACUCUACAUGUAGUAUACUGUAUCUUCCCUCACCCCCCUACUCAGCCCGCCUGCGUCCCCUCCUGCCUCUAUCUGUCUAUACUUUUUUGCCUCAUUUCCUGGUCUUAAUUCUGAAUCUCUCACUCCCCUUGUCCUCUUUUUCAUCUUUUCCUCACCUCCAUUUCCUCAUGCCUUUCUCAGUGUUGGGAUCUAGCACUUGUUGUGCUUUUGCUUGUCCUCCCCCCUCCCCAACCCCCCUGUGCUUUUGAUUUGAUUUAUAGGAUGGGCAGGACAGCUGGAACACCCUACAGGACAGAAUGACAAGACACUGGAAGCAAAACAUCUACUGACCGCCUCGGGCAUUGGAGCCUGUGGUGCAUUUUUAAAGAUUUACUGUACCUAUAUAGGUUUUUGUACGUUGAAUGUCAAAAAAAAAUGUUAUAUCUUAUAUAGAAUGCAUAAUGUCAUAUCAUACUUUUUAUAUACAAUCAAUAAAUCUGAUGAGCAAAAA